CCUGAGGCUUUGGCACCCUGUAUAGGAGGAAGGAGACACAAAACAAAUGUGGCAAAGGCUUAAGUAACAGCUAAAUUAAAUCUUUGCAUUAAUAGAAUUCAUAUAAAGACAGAUGGUAGUAGAAAAUGUUGCAAUUAAGAAUAUGGAAUGAGAUGAGAUCACAGCAUCAGUCUGUCUUUUGUAGACCUGGACAAUGAUCACAGAGCCAGAUUGGAUUAGUGAAACCUAUUUACCAGAAGUUCAGAGCAGUUGCAUGAAGCCGAUAGGCAGUCGGAAGAGAGAGGUGAAAAAUGCAUCAGAUUUACAGCUGUAGCGAUGAAAAUUUAGAAGUUUUCACCACUGUGAUUUCAUCCAAAUCAUGUAGUCCAGCCAGAAGAAAAGCCAAAAGUACGCAACACAUCCUAACAAAGAGAGUGGUGGCAGUGUCUGAUUAUCGGACCUACUGGACAGAGGACUUGCUUCCAAGCCAAGGUGAUCUCACCCAAGUCCUGUACAAAGAUGUGGUGAGGAACUUUAGCCGCUUGCAGAAUGAACAGGAAGGAUUCUGUCCUGCCAAGCACAUGGGAAUUUCUGAACAAGAGUCAUCAAACUCCUGUGAUAACCAGUCGGAUGGAAAAUCUUCUCAACCUUCGACAUCCCCAGUCACCCAUAUCACAGUGAAACGGGCUGCAGCCACAGAGCCAGCUACACAGGACAGUGCUUCUGCAGAAGACCAUAGACGGCACUCGAGGAAGAACACUGAACAUGACUUAACCCUCGCCCCAGAAGCAGAUGCCUCUUUACCUUUGACUGGCAACAACUUGUGUGGAACACCCGGCAUCCUGAGGAAAAUGUGGAUGAAGCACAAGAAGAAAUCAGAAUACCUGGGGGCAACAAACAGUGCCUUUGAGGCCGACUGACAAGCCUCAGCUUUGCUUUUGCAGGAUGAAUAUUCCUUUAGCAAGGGCAGAAUGCUUUAGGAUUUCCCUAGGGAUGGAUGUAACUCUGUUGAUGAAUAUCUGAGGACAUAACAUUACUUGUACUAUUCAGGGUAUUUGCCUAACCUGGAUAGAUGGAAGGAUAAUGGAGAUAAAAGGUGAAUGUGAGUUAAUUCAACAGCCAUAUUUUAUUGGAAUAUUUCUGAUACCAGUACAGUUAUAACAGAUUCCACUGUUGAUUUGCUAAUGCUAAAAUUACUGUUGACUCAUUCUGUCCUAAUUAACUUAGAUUCACAAAGACAAAAGCCUACAUGAAGCUUUGUAUAUUCCUAUGAGACCUCAUAUCAACUACAAUGUGCCAUUAAAGCCGAGUCCUGCUGUUCAUUUGGUACCCCUGCCACCACUGAAUUCAUGCCCACCCCAGUGUCAUUUUCUCUGAGGUACAGGAGUUAAAAACCAAACCUUAAAUCAGGUACACUUUGCUGACGGACAUGCACCAAUACAUUUUUAUUCACUUUUGAUGUUUAUGAGACAGGAGUAUGAGACAAUGGGAGGGUGCGACAGAACUGAGGUUAUUUAAGCACUUAACUCCCAUUGAUUUCAAUGAGAGUUAGGCACCUACAAAUACCUUUGAGGCUUUGGGCCUGAGUGACUUCCAGGUGCACAUUUACUGAAACUCUGAUCCAUGAUACAUGAUCAGUCUAUUAAAAUUUCCUGUCCAAAUCAAACUGUACCAAGAAUGGCACAUCAGAUACAGACACUUUGCUCUGAAGAACCUGCUCAAGUGCUAGGUAUAACUGUAAUAUGUAACUUUGUGCUACAGAAAAUUUCACCAUGUGCAUGAGAUGCUAGGAGGCAAGAAAGAAUGUGCAGAUUGCACAACUGGACUACUCAGUAAAGUAGGUUUGCUCUCAAGAGGUCUGAUCCUAUAAGCCAGUGUUUCUCAACCUUUUUGAUACCAAGGACCAGCUUUCUGCCUUCCUAAACUGCAUCAGGGAGAUCGCAGGAACCAGCGCCAGUCCACGUACCGGUUGUUGAGAAACACUGCUAUAAGCUAAUGACUUUAAGGGGAUUGCUCAAAUGGAGGGAAAUUGCUGACUAUGCAUUUCUCACAGUUCAGGAGCUGCCAACCUUGUUUCCUUUUCUCUGUCCCAGAGGAAAAUAUGCAAAAAUUGAAAGAAUGACAAAUCCUGGGCCCAAUCUUGCAGCCCUAAAAUCACAUGACUAUUCCUAUUGGUUAUUGCAGGAUCAGGUCCUUCAUUUGCCAGAGUGAAGGAAUUUAAAUUUGUCCCAAUGCAGGACUCCAACAUGAAUUUGUCUGACGCGCACCUCCCUGUGAACAAAAUGAACACCUACAAGGAUGAGCUUUUGCAUCUCAAUCUUAAUGCUCUAAAACUUACAUUUAAAUAAAAAGUUGUAUGAAUGUAUUCAUAACUCUACACUUUAAAGAACAUUUCUACAAGCAUCUCUUGUGAGGCAAGCUAGAGGCAGCCUAAAGUCUCAGAGUCAGAAAGUGAUCAAAAGAUGAUGUCAAAUGCCAGCAAUAUGUGAUCAGACUAUUCCUAAUAAAGGAAAUGUGACAGCUGAAAAGUAAGACACACGUCCCCAUUUGCAUUUGUUAGAGGAAAAAUGUCCUCAGUUUUUUAAAUCUUUGAAUGACUCCUACAGCCAGAGGCUAAAAUAAGGUGGUGCAAGCGACUGUGCAAUUCCCCUUCUCUGUCUUGAGCUAGCAUCUCUUCCCCACCUCCACCCAACUCCUCCUCAGCUAAUGUGGUAAGAGCUCCCCAUUCUUUUUAGGGCCAUCCAACCUAGAGGGUACCAAUAUACAGGUCAAGUUUACUAAGCCAUCAGCAAACUGGUCAAAUCCAUCACACCUAUUGUCUUUAAGAAGAUUGUGUGAGAGACAUGGAGCAGCUUGAAAGUGCUUGUUAAAAACUGUCUACUGAGGUGUUUCCUUUUCAGCAGAUCGAUAGAUCCCUCUCCAGGGUCUUUAUAUCAAGCUUUAACAGUGAGAAACUAAACCUUCAUAAUGUACCUCUGCUAUCCAGUGUACUUGGCCUCCGUCACAGCUGCGUCCUUUAGAAAGAGCUGCUGAAUUGCUCUAGAAAACUUUGAAAAUCGUUGUUGAGAGACAAUUCAGCCUAAUAUGUCAUUAUCUUUCCUGCAUUUCUCUUUGCUUUUUCUUUCUUACUAAAGGCAAAAUGCUCUCUAGUCCAGGAUCCACACACGGAAUCAGUCCAGAAGAGUGGAUCCCCCACAUGGGAAAGAAGCAGAUUUCGCUGCAUGCUCCAUGUAAGAUGAGAUGAGGGCCUGUAGCCCUGCCUCAAAAGGCCCGGACGCUGCCCAUGUUUUCUGCUGAAAUAGGAUAGUAGCCAGGUGUUAAAGGGGUGGGUUGCUGGGCAGAGCAAUGGGAGAAGGCAUCUGAUGCUGAAUGAAGGGAGACGUCUCCAGUGCUGAUGUCUGUGGCUGAACAUUGCUGCUGAGCAAAUUAUUCACAGAAAGACCUGCAGCAGUUUAUGCUAUAGAAGUUCUGUAAAUCAGAGAGGAGCAUCCAACUGGAGUAUUGUAGCAGUGGCCCUAGCCUCUGAGCCAUACCCUAGAUGCCUGUGCCUGGGGCCGUGCGGGAGUUAUAUCAUGGGCCAGGGCUGUGGAAGAGCAGAGCUAUUGCCAAUAGCUCAGGAAAGCUGAGUGCAGUCUCUCCUCCACACCUUUCAUACAGCAGGGGAUGCCAUUAGCACUUAGGCUUAAGGAGAUUUGUAUGAAAACAAGUUUUAUUCUGCAAAGGCACAGCCACUUUGUAAAGCAUCUAGUACACUGGGAGUGCUGCACACCUAAACUGGAACACUCCUAGGGCAUUAUAGCCCACCUGAAGUCAAAAUCCUCUGUGACAACACUUGGUUGCAGUUUAAACAAAAGAUCGGGAUGAUUUCUGCUAAGGAAGGGAAGACAGGAGCACUAUUAUACUCUUCUAGGGACUGAUCAGAUGAUCACCCUCCAAUCCUGUUGACCUCAGUGGGAGUUGAGGGGGCUCAGUGCCUUGCAGGAGCAAGCCAUUAAUGCAAAUACCCUGAGAAAUAAAAGACGAUGAAAGAGAAACAACGAUAACUUAUUCUGGAAACAGAACUAUCGCCACUAGAACUGUUUCCCAAGUUUUUCCAUGAGGCACCAGCAGCUCUUCAAUGACCUCCCCAACACACCACUUCCCACAAUUACCUAAGCUGUGCACAUGGAAGCGCUAUAAUAGGCCCCAGCAAAAAUACAAAUGCUUAAUUGUAUCCACUGAGCUCAACAAGACCACUCAGCUGCAUAAAGUUAAGCAUGUACAUAAGUAUUUGCAGGAUCUACGUCUAUCAGCUCCCCUUUUUUCAGUCUAGUCUCUUUAGAUUGAUCCAAACAUAACAACAAAAACCACCUCAUUAGUAACAACAGACUAACAGGACGUGGGGAAACAGAGAGGGCUAAUGCUUGCAUAUCUGGUAACCUGAUCCAUACAGCUCCAUCAAGUUAGCCCCUAGUCCAAAGCAUCAAAUGUGACUAUUGAAAGGUCUGUUUUUUAGCAUUUGGUUCUGUUAAAUAAUAGCUUUAAGCAAUAUGGGAAAGGGGGAUGGGAGAGAAGAGAUAACACAUGCUCUACUUAACAGUCACUGUAUCUUGAAAUGUGUUGUAUUUAUGUUGUCUUUUAAUUUGUAACUGCAAUCUGUGUGACAGUGGGAGACUGACAAACAGUGUACAUUAUUUAAUUUGUACUCCAAAAGGUACUGUGGUGAUUUCUUGUAUCGUAGCAAGUAUCUAUUUUAUUGAUUGAAAUAAAGUAUGUCCUCUUCAUACAAAAUAAAACAAAUAAGUAGCA